UCAUUUGACAAUUUGACGCAAGCGGCCGCGGAGCAGCCCGAGCGGGCGGGCGGACGGAUGGAGCUCUUGUCGGCCGCGCCAAACUUCCCUCCGACCAACUUUAUCGUCUUCAGGACGACGAGGAUGUCGAAACAAGUGACGUCGGAGGCGUAGGGGCUCGUUUUGUAGCUGGUUGUCACAAUUACUUCAUCUGUGUCCCGACCUAAAACAAACCGGAAUUAAAAAAAAAAAAAAAAAAAAAAAGUUGUGUGUUGGUUUAAAACUGUGGCGGCACUGGUGAGAAGACGACAUGUCGCUGAGCAGGAGCAUCGAAUUCGAGCACUUCGAGGAGCGCGAGGGCAAGCCGCACUGGACGCCGAGGGCUCCGGGCUCCCACGCCGGGGGCGGAGGCUCCUCCCGGGGCGCGGGACUGACGGCCAGCCCGGCGCACAGCGCGCACUGCAGCUUCUACAGGACUCGGACCCUGCAGUCGCUCACGUCCGAGAAGAAGGCCCGGAAAGUGCGCUUCUACCGAAACGGAGACAAGUACUUCAAGGGGCUGGUGUACGCGGUGUCCGCCGACCGCUUCCGCUCCAUGGACGCGCUGCUCAUGGAGCUGACGCGCUCGCUGUCGGACAACGUCAACCUGCCUCAGGGGGUCCGGACCCUGUACGCCCUGGACGGGGGCAGGAAGGUCAGCAGCCUGGACGACCUGGUUGAGGGGGAAAGCUACGUAUGCGCCUCCAACGAACCUUUACGACGUGUGGACUAUGCUAAGAACGUCAACCCCAACUGGGCUGUGGGCAGCAAGACUGGCACAUCACGCUCCCUUUCAUCGCUGGUCUCUCCCAGGGGCGAGCAUCAGCGCCAGCCCAAAGACUUCAUCAAGCCCAAAUUGGUCACGGUGGUCCGUAGCGGCGUCAAACCGCGCAAGGCCGUGCGCGUCCUGCUCAAUAGGAAGACGGCGCACUCCUUUGAGCAGGUCCUGACCGACAUCACGGACGCCAUCAAGCUGGACUCUGGUGCCGUGAAGAGGCUGUACACACUGCAAGGCAAGCAGGUCACAUGCCUGCAGGACUUUUUCGGCGAUGACGACGUGUUCAUUGCGUGCGGCCCGGAGAAGUACCGCUACGCCCAUGACGACUUUGCGUUGGAUCACAGCGGUAAGGCUUCCACAGCCUUUAUGACCGAGUGCAAAGUGCUGAAGUCGUCAUACGGCCGUUCUGUCACUCCGAACCGGACCAGCAAGAGUCCUGGACCUUCACGGCGCAGCAAGUCCCCCGGCGCAGCGAGGCGGACGUCCCGCUACUCCACCGCUCAGUCUCCUGCCAAGACUCCAGUCAACGGUCACAUCUCCGCGCCGAGGUCCGGCAAGUCGUGCGCAUCCUCCCCCGCCGGCCUCCAAAAACUCCCUGGUCUCAAGAAGGUUCCGUCACAUCACGGCUCGAAUCCAAACGUCGGCAGCUCGCUCUACAACCCCCAGGGGGAGACAACCGGCCCAGAGGGAACCGGUAACCAUGACGACCAGACCUCCUCCGCCAUCCUGGAGAAGUACACGAUCGGGGAGGUUAUCGGAGACGGCAACUUUGCCGUGGUGAAGAAGUGUGUUGAGAGGUCCACGGGAAGAGAAUUUGCCCUGAAGAUCAUCGACAAGGCCAAGUGUCGCGGCAAGGAGCACCUGAUUGAGAACGAGGUGUCGGUGCUGAGGCGGGUCAAGCACCCCAACAUCAUCAUGCUGGUUGAGGAGGUGGACACGCCCAAGGAGCUGUGCCUCGUCAUGGAGCUGGUCAAGGGAGGCGAUUUAUUCGACGCCAUCACGUCCUCGGCCAAUUACACGGAGAGGAGCGCCAGCGUCAUGGUGGCCGACCUGGCCGCCGCCCUGCGCUACCUUCACGCCUUCAACAUCGUCCACAGAGACGUCAAGCCGGAAAACUUACUGGUGUUUGAGAAUCCCGACGGCACCAAAUCGCUCAAGCUCGGGGACUUCGGCCUCGCCACCGUGGCGGAAGGACCGUUGACCACCGUGUGCGGAACGCCGACGUACGUGGCGCCGGAAAUCAUCGCAGAGUCCGGUUACGGCGUCAAGGUGGACAUCUGGGCUGCGGGCGUCAUCACGUACAUCCUCCUGUGCGGCUUCCCUCCGUUCCGAAGCGAGAGCAACAAGCAGGAGGAGCUCUUUGAGCAAAUUCUACUGGGCCGGCUGGACUAUCCCAGUCCUUACUGGGACAACAUCACCCACUCGGCCAAGGAGCUGAUCGGCAAGAUGCUUUUGGUAAACGCGGAGGCUCGCUACUCGGCGCGGGAGGUCCAGGCCCACCCAUGGGUGACGGAGGACAUCGACGCGGAGAACAACAUGAAGGCCGAGGUGACGGGAAAACUUAGGACGCACUUCAGCGCCACGGCCAAGCGCGCCGACGACGACGCGGCCGUCUCGGUUAUCUUGAAGACGGCCCUCGAUAAGGAGACCCUCCAGCUGUCCGGCCGCCAGCCGCCGCCGCCGCCGCUGCCGUCACCGGACCCCCCGAAAUCCGAGGAUGCCUCUCCGAGCGAUCCGACGUCCUCCCCCUCGCCCGGAAGUCCCGUCAAGCACGUGGUCUUCCUGCCGCUGUCGUUCCCCUCGCCUCCGUCCACGCCGCCCUCAUCGUCCGCCUCCACCCCGUCGCCUCCCGGCUUGGCGGCCAUGGGGGAGACGGCUGUCGCCCAGGAGCUUCUGGAGGGGGUUUGAAAAGACGCAGCCCGGCGGGACUCGUUUGGACUGUAUUUGGUGAGAAAGGACUCCAGAGGACCAAACUGACUGAAUGUUGCUUUCAACACCGUCAUGUGAAACAACAUCAAUUAUAAUACACUAGUUCAGCUUUUGCUCGUAGGAAUUGAGACGCUGUAUGUAUUUACACUGACUAUCCAAUGCCUUGCUCAAGUAUUUCAGCUGUAUUCCCAAAAUAGACAAAUAGUCAAAUUCGACACAAAAAAAGUGGAAUUCCUUUUUUUUUUAAAUAACAGAGCAGUGAUUUCCAAAACGUUUUUCCUUUGUUGUUAUGCAAUAUUUCUGAGGGACUUUCUUUCAAAAUGUAUUCAGUUUUGGAAUACGGUUAUAACCAAAUGUAGAAAAAAAGGCAAGACACCGUAGGCUCUGAAUAAAAUAUCAACUUUUUCUCAAGUAAAAAAAAAAAAAAUCAUGAUAAAUCAUUUCAAAACUUAAUGAGUUAUUACGCCGUACAAGCCAAAUGAGCCAGAAAUAAGUUUAUAUUUUAAAACAAAAUUGUUAAAAAUCUAUUUUUCUCACUGUAGUUCGCCACAUCAAUUUUGGUUUAUUUAUUCGCCGUGAUUUUUUACAUUAUCAGGAAAGUCGUCAAUUUCUGCACUCGGUUUAUAGCCACAGAGUAUUCAUAAUUACUAGGCGUAGUUGUGUAAUGUUGACAGUUGGCGGUAAUAAUAAGUGAGCAAAAUGUAACAAAAAGCUUAGUUAGAUAAGAGCAUCAUUUUGAUCUAUUUUCCGAAUUCAUUUCGUUCAGCUCGAUGAAAGGAAGGCCGCUGUAAUGCCCUUCUUGGCCAGAAGAGGGCAGCAAGUACCACGCCUUUAGUGUAACUUCCAGUUCCAAAUGCAAACAUUUGCUGCAUAUGCAGAAACAAAACAUCCUAGAAAAUAUUUUUUUUUCUCCUGUGACUCACCGAAAUCUUAGCUUACUUGCAUGAAAGGUGCUUCUGAGGAUGACUUUUUUGGUUCUCUGGACCUUUUGCGUAUGAAGAGAAACCUGCUCCCAACAGUUUGCUUCCCUGUGAAACACUGAACUGAUAUUUAGCAGUGGAAAGAAAUAGUUCUGGGAACAGCUUCGCAUAGAUGUUGAAAAAGAUCAAAGGAUUUACAGUAUAAAUCAAUGCGCUUGCUUUCCUGUGGAUCUCUAAAUUCUCGUUCUAUUCUAUUCUCUCGAUUCCGUAGAAUCUGUGUUGUAGUUCUAUGAGCGAAUGCAAACAUUUGUGUCAACUGAAACAGGCUAGGAAAUGGCCCCUUCAUGUGAAUCACUGAACUCCAGUUGUGUAAAGAACCAUUUUGGUAACUCCUUCA